GUCAAUACAUAACUGAAAAGUAUUUUAUUUUUUGGAAGGCGUUUCUAAUGUUUCAUUUUUUGCACAUAUUCAAUAAAAAAUAGCUGCAAUCUGAUACCGCGUUGUUCAAAAUUGCCCCUGAAGAAUAUGCUGGAAUACAUUUUGCCAUAUAAGUUGUCUUAAAUUAAUCAAAAAUAAUAAUUAUGCCUUUUAAACUAAAGCUAAAGAAGUCCAAACACUACAGUGUAGUUUCAAAAAGCUUGUUUGUUAUUUCAGUCGAAAAUCUAGAUGGAACGACAGUGGAAUGUACAUUAUCCUCUGAUAGCACUGGUCAGGACUGUCUAGAUGUGGUGUGCCAAAAGCUAAGCUUGAAUCAACCCCACUUUUUUGGACUACAAUACAUUAGUCUAAAUUGUAAUAGCAACUUAUGUUGGGUAGAAUUGGAUCGUCCAAUUAAAAGACAGUUAGACAAACAUGCAAGGGGUCUUUGUGUAUAUCUAAGGGUGAUGUAUUAUGUUAUUUCUGGUGUUUUUCUCAUAACAGAUGAAGUUACCAGAUACCAUUACUUUUUACAAUUAAAACAAGAUGUAAUAGAGGGUAGAAUUUCCUGUACUCCCCGCCAGGCUAUAGAAUUGGCAAGUUAUUCAAUGCAGGCAGAAUUUGGAAACUUUAAUGCGGAACGGCAUACUUCUCACUAUUUAAAAGAUUUUCAGCUGUUUCCUAAGAGUGUUGUUGAUCCUGGGUUAUUAGAAUCUCUAACUGAAGCUGCAAGUCGUCAACAUGCUGCUCUUCUCAAUGUACCUCAAGGCACGGCUGAGGAAUAUUACAUAUGCGCUUGUCAAAAAUUGGAAGGUUAUGGGCAAGAAGAAUUUAGUGUCACAAACAAGGAGGGUGUGCAUGCUAUCUUGGGCAUUGGAUUAACAGGCAUUACUGCAACAUAUCAUGAUCAAGAUAUUAGACAUUUUCGAUGGUCAGACAUCAGUAAUGUAAUAAAUCACAAACGUGAAUUCACAAUUGAAUCAGUGGGUGGUGGAGAUAAAGUUGAAUUUGUGUUCAAUGAUGUUGAUAAUGCAAAAAGUGCUUGGAGAUUUUGUGUACUACAACAUAUGUUCUUCCGACAGUAUGAAAUGAAUAUUGGAAGUGACUUGACAGACAGGUCUCUUCCGCAACCCCCAACCUUCCAUCAAGCUUUUAGUGAAGAUAAACUGCGACAGAUAGAGAGUCAGGAAGAUAUAAAAAGUGCCUGUCACUUAUGGGACAGGCAAAUAGUAUCGUCCACACAUAAAUUGUCACAGAGAGCUCAAUCCACUUCUUGUUUGGAUUUAAAUAAACCAACAGAUAUAGAUCACCUACGUAGCUUGUUGCCUUCUUAUCGUCCAGCCCCUGAUUAUGAGACUGCUAUUCAACAGAAGUACAGAAAUUCUUCGAGUGCCAUAGCUUCACGGGAACCUCUUCAAAACACUCAUUCAAUAUUGUAUAGUUCACAGCCCGAGAUACAUCAAAUCGAGGCGUACUCAAAUCACCUGCGGUACCCAGACGUGACGCACAACAAUAUCGAACCAAAAAACUUAUUGUAUAAUUCUGGAUUUACACAAUCCCAGAUAUUAGUCACUGAAAACCAACACCCGGCGAUGAUGCAUCUAUUUAAACAUCCCCCACCUUACCCUUCUACCAGAAUAAGUUCAAAUUCCACACCCGACCUAGCUGGAAUCUCUCAACAAACCAAACUGCCUCUCCAUUUUGUUAAUAAUUUAGUAAGCGGCUCCAGUCCAGAUUUGGUAUCUGGCGGGAAUUUAUAUUUAAAACAUUACAACGAAAUGUAUCAACAUCAUCAGGCGCAUCCCAUUCACCGUUCUCAAAGUUAUUUACCGCCGCAACAUGGAACGUAUGAAAAUCUGGCUUCCAUAUUCAAUAACAACAUGUUAGGAAGACCCCAAGCGGUCAUAGUGGAAAACCCGAAUAUUACUAAACAUAUUAAAAAGGUGUAUGACGAACACGGAAAUAUAAUUUACUGUAUGCCCGCGAAUAUGAAACAAAUUCUACAAGAUAAUAGGAUUUGCGGCGACACUACAGGCUUUGUAGUGACUCGAAAUCAGAACCCGACAGUGGCCGCCCACGACCCGCGCUUGAAUGAUUCAUCCGAGCCCAUAUAUGAAAAUAUACCUUUGCCAUGGCAAAACGAUGGAGAGAUGCGCAGUAGAACGCAAAGCAUCCAUUCUGCGCCGGAGAUAAGUCAGGUUAUUAACCAAACCAUUGUUAGUAGUAUGCAAUCCCAAUUGCAGCAAAUGCGGAUAGGUAAUAGUAAGGAAAAUAUGUACGCCAACAUAAACCACGGGGAUGUUAGUGUAAAUUCGUCAAAGUCUGAAUUGAAUCCGAACUCUAGCGUGAGUGAUACCAGUAGCGUUUUGAACAGAUCGUUACAAAAUCUGAACGCAUCUCAAACAUCGUCUGGCGAAUCAAUUUUACCACGACCAGACUUAAAUAACGCAAAUAAGAAUUUAUCGAAUUUAACGAUAUUAAGUGAUAACUCUGUUGCUGAUCAUUGCAGUACCCUUAAUGAGUCCACCUUUGCCGAUUCAAGUUCCAACUCUCAUAGCAGCUCUAAUAAAAAAAAGAAAAGGUGGGGAAUUUUGAUAGGCAGGAGCAAAUCUGGAGAGAAGGAGAAAAGUGCAACUUUAGGUAGGGAGAAAAAGAAGGAAAGUGUAAAUCAAGGUCGUAAUAAACACAGAUGGUCUACCGCCCUACCCAGAUUUAAUCCUCUUCCCCCGUCUAUUAGCAAAGAAACAAUGUGUCAGCUUCUAGAAAACAAGUUAGCAGACAGUCAAUUGUUCUUCGAGUUUGAUAAAAUACCUAAGAAGAAACCAAAUGCGGAUUUUACAACUGCUUUACUUCCCGAAAAUGCAGCUUUUAAUCGAUUCAAGGACGUUCUUCCAUAUGAAGACAAUAGAUUAAGACUGACUCCAACAAAGAACAAUCGAUAUGGUUACAUCAAUGCAUCUCACAUUACGGCUACCGUGGGAAGCAAACAAAGAUUUUAUAUUGCCGCUCAAGGACCUACCAGGGUGACCUUACCCUAUUUUUGGCAAUGUGUUUGGGAAGCGGAAGUUUACCUUAUGGUGCAGCUCACAGAUCCAUCUGACGAUAUGACUUAUCUCCCCGAUGCUGAUGAAAGGUGUAUUGAUGUUGACCAGAAUUAUCAGGUGUGGUGGGAAUUUUCCCAAAGAACAGGGCAUUGCGUUACCAGUAAAAUAAGACUUUGCCACGUUGCGUCCCGAAGAUAUAGAACCAUAUGGCAUCUUCAUUAUGCCGAUUGGGGGGACCAGGGUUGUCCGAAUUCAGUGGCACAUUUUCUCGGUUUCCUCGAAGAGAUGCAAAGUGUACACCAACACUCGAUGGGUGAAAUACCCCCUGGGCAUAAUAAAAAUCCACCAAUUCUGGUUCACUGCACUGCAGGUGUCGGACGUACUGGUCUGACUAUUUUAAGUGAUUUGUUGCUGUAUACAGUUGAUCACAACCAGGAAGUUUGCAUCCCAAGAGUAGUAGGAUUACUUAGACAGCAAAGAGCUCUUAUGGUACAAAUAAUUGCUCAGUAUAGAUUUGUAUAUUCAUUGUUAAUACACUACCUAAAACAAACACGACUCAUUUAAUAAGUAAAUCAGUAUAUAUGUUUGCCAUUGCUAGUGCCUAAAAUUAAUUUGUAUUUUUGGAUAGUUUUCAGUGUGCCUUUUUACAGCACUAGAAUGAUAUGAAUUAUUAUUGUGGGGUUGUCGGAUGUAUUUAUUUUUAAUUUUUGAAUGAUUCCUAACAAAAAAAAACAAACACUCGGCAAUCCUAUUUUGAUGUUACUUUAAAUUUAACAAAUAUUUGCCAGUAUUUUCUAAAGCUGCUGUCGUCUUAAAUUUUAAAUAGUGUUGCUAAUAAUGUAGUAUCCUGCAUUGACUUUAUGUAUAAAUAUAUCAAUUUUAAUUUACUUUUUUCUCAUCAUUUUAAUGCAAGAUAUAAAGGCUGUGUAAUUGUAUUGGAGAUAUUUUAACGAUUUAUAUAGAAAUUAAUUGUGAUCCUUUUUUGGUGCCUUAAUUGUACAUACCAUUUCAAUGAAAAAUAA